GGAGAAAAAUCACAGCCACAGUCCUCCAAACAAAUUUUGCUUCACAGAAACCACCCUGAAUGUCGGGGCAUUCGGAGCGGCGGCCGAGAGCCGCAUCCGAGAGUGACCGCGACUCGCACGCGGCUGGCUCUUCAUCUGCCUCUGAGCAUUCGGAGGAUGGCACGUCUGCGGCGCACGACUCUCGGAAGCGACCACGAAUGGACGCGCAUCGGUUUCAUCAUGAGGAUGGCGGACAAGUCCCAAGUAGUAGCACUCUGCCAGCCACCGACCGCAACGAGCAAUCCGAAGAAGGAUCCAAAGAUGUCAAGACCAAGCUGUUGGAGCAGCACCGCGUCACCCCGGCUGGGGCUGUGGCACAACAUGCAGUCGAUGUUGCACCGCGCCGUCACGUCGACGACAGCGACGACAACGACAACGAUGCUGCUGCUGCUACAUCACGAAUCGAAAAGUACUACCCAGCAUUCCAAGGGUGCCGGUCUGUGGACGAGUACACGCGGCUGAAUCAAAUCGAAGAAGGCUCGUACGGUGUCGUGUUUCGCGCCCGCGAUGUUCGUUCUGGACGCAUCUAUGCACUCAAGCGACUCAAGAUGGAGAAGGAGAAGGAUGGCUUUCCAAUCACAUCAUUGCGGGAGAUUGACACGCUGCUCAAGUCGCCGCACCCCAACAUUGUGCUUGUGCGUGAGAUUGUGGUUGGCUCGAGCAUGGACCACAUCUUUCUCGUCAUGGAGUUUGUCGAGCACGAUCUCAAGACGCUGAUGGAGUCUAUGCGUCAGCCAUUUUCAGGUGGCGAGGUCAAGACGCUCAUGCUGCACCUGCUGGCCGGUGUCAAUCACUUGCAUGACAACUGGAUUAUCCAUCGUGACUUGAAAACAUCCAAUCUGCUUCUCAGCAAUCAGGGUGUGCUCAAGCUCGCGGACUUUGGUCUUGCUCGCGAGUACGGGUCGCCGCUGCACGCCAUGACGGCGCUUGUUGUGACGCUGUGGUACCGCUCUCCCGAGCUCCUGCUUGGCGAAACCAAGUACACGACUGCCGUGGACAUGUGGUCUGUUGGCUGCAUUUUUGCCGAGCUGCUCAUCCACGAGCCGCUCUUCCCGGGUCAACGCGAACUCCAGCAGCUGCGAAUGAUUUCCGACAUGUUGGGCCCGCCGUCCAAGGAAAUCUGGCCUGGUUACGAGAACCUUCCCAACGCCCAAGUGCUCUCCUUCUCCAAGGACCAACCCUACAAUCGCUUGCCUACAAAGAUUCCUGGCCUAUCCGCCCAAGGUUUGAAACUUUUGAAUGGUCUGCUCACGUACGAUCCCAAGAAGCGAAUGACGGCAGAACAAGCGCUUCGCCACCCGUACUUUUCCGAGUCGCCAUUGCCCGUCGAUCCGAGUGUCUUCCGUUCAUGGCCCGCCAAGUCCGAGCUGCAGAAAGUGCAUACCUCCCACGACGAGCCUCGCGCUCCCGAGGGCCAUCCCAGCGAGGUCGCGGCUGAUGGAGAUGCAGCAGGCUUUAUUUUCGAAUCAGACGACGUGUAUCGACUACUUCAGCAUGGUUCAAACGCACAAGUCGGAGGCGGGUUUAAGCUCAAGUUUUAAGCUCCUUUCCUUUCGUUUGGACAAACACUUGGUUUUCAUCUCUACACAAUUGCUACUGUAUCUAUCGGUUUUUUUUUUGUUGUUCUAUCAGCAUGUUUUCCAACACCAUUUCUCUCUCUCUACCCCUCCCCCCAAAUUGAUCUGUAACGCCUCCUCACUCUUCACAAUUCCAA